UUUCGCAUUGCCUUUGCGCGCCUGUGCAGUCAAUAACGGCGUUCAAUUCGCUACACACUAGACAGUCAUUAUGUCUCGCCCAUCCUCCAUGGCGCAGCGCCCCCUCACGCUUACAGAGGAGCUCGAGAAGCUCGAGCAGUCCAUCACCCUGACCCUUCAAGAGAUCGACCACAACUUUAGCCAAGCCCAUCGCAUCGUCACAACCAACAUUCUCCCUCUGGUCGAACAAUAUGCAGAAAGCUCCCGCGACGUCUGGGACGGCGCAAAGUUCUGGAAACAAUUCUUCGAAGCCAGCGCCAAUGUUUCUCUCUCGGGUUACGAGGAGAAACCCGAAGGAGAAACCACCGUCCAAGAACCGACCAACCUGACGGCCGAAGAAGACCAAACCGUUACCGAAUCAGUCGGCGAAGACGACAGCCACCACCAACUCCACCGAGCCGACGACAUCGAGCUCACUUCCCUCAGCCUUUCCUCCCACAGCACUCCUCGUGUCGCCGGCCACGGCAACCGCUACGCUGCCAAUGACGACGACACCUCGUCCAUCGCGCACCCAACCCCAGAUACCCGCUUCCGCGACGAUGAUGACGACGAAAACGACCCCUACCUCCCCACCACCCCAGCCAAAUACUCCUCCGCCAGAACCCAUCACUACACCGACGACUACUCCCACAACCAAUCUCAUACCCCGAUGUCCUCCUCACCAUUCAUCCCUCCCGCCGAAGACCCAAUCAUGCACCAGAUGGCCGACAAAACAUACCGUGUGCAAGCCACCCCUCUCGGAAAGGGAUACGGAUACGAGUCCCGGUCCAAGUUUACCGUUACACCAAAGACAACAAACCAGAGCAAGAAGUACGCGUACGAUGACUCUCCAAUUUCCAGCCCGGAGCCGGAAGCCCCGAAAUUGCAUGCGGAGAUCUUCUCGUCUCCUAUGAAGGGCGUGGAAACGCCGAAUACGGGCCGCAAGAGGAGACCUAGUGCGAAUCGGCUGCGGAUUACUCCGAAGCCCGGGAUAAGUGUGCUGACUCCUGCGCGCGGCGGCGGUAAUGGUGUGAGACGAUCGGCUUGGGAUAGUGAUGAUGACUUUGAUGACGGGGAUGAAGACUUGGGCCCGAGUCCGCCUAAAACGAUGCAAUUUCACAUUCCGCAGAGUCGGUUGAUGAAGACGCCUGCCAAGGAAGCAUCGAAACGCAUCGUGGAAGACUUGCUUUUCACCGCCGGAGCCAACGACACAACAGACGACCUGCCAAUCGAACAAAGUCCCAGUAUCAUCCAACGAGUGGAGCGACUGGAAGAUGAGACAUUCUAGAUAGC